AUGCCGUCUCUAAGGAAAAAGUUAAUGUUUGCGGCAGGAUUUUCUGUCAGUCUUGGGACUUGUAUGUUAAUAUCUGCAAUAAUGGCAACAGAUUCAUGGGUUGACACCAUAAUAAACUGUGAGAAUGAAAGUGGUGAUGCAGUUGGAGAACUGAAACUCAAGUACGGCUUGUUUGAUGGUUUACGUGAAAAAUCUGGUUGUCCGAUCCUCGUAGAUGACGGGACUGUCAAAGUUUUGGAAUGUUUGGAAAAUGCAGGCACUGCAAGAGUUAUCCACAUCCUAGUUAUCCUGUUCCUCGUUUUUGGACUGCUGUUUACACUACUAAGUGCCAUAGUCGCCCUAUACAAUAGCAUAAGUAAUCCUUAUGAGAACAUCUGUGGGCCUAUCAGUAUUUACACAUGUAGCUCCAUAAGCUGUGUUUCAACAUUUCUGGCAAUGGUUCUGUUUGCAGUGAACACAACAGUGAACAAUUUAUCCACAGAAUUGGUAAAAAAUUCAAUUAAAGGGAGCUUGGUUACAUUCAAGCUUAAGACUAAUAUUUAUGAGUAUUCAUUUUGGCUUAUCCUGCUGUCUCUGGCCCUUAAUAUUGCCACAAUUGCAAUUGUCUAUGUGUAUCAACAUGAAAAUCAUACCAGAGAAAGAGAACAGAAAAGGCCAACGGAAAACGUACCCAAAGAUGUUUUGAUGUAUUAG